CCGUGCUGCUCUCUCCUCUCUCUCUCGCUUGUUCCCCGCGGCGAGCAGCCACCGGUCGCCGGCGCGGGUGGAGGAAGGAAAGCGGGGCAGGGUGGAUCCGGCCUGAUUGGAUUGGGCUGGAUUUGGAUCAACCCGGGGCGGGAGAUGCGUUGAGCUGUAUACGGCGGGAGAUAAUGGGUGAGCUAGCUGAUCUCGUGGCUGUGCCGCAGCCGCCGCUCGCCGGCGGCCGGCGGGACAGGCUGGCGGCGCUGCUGGAGCUCGCGGCGGCGGACGAUGUUGAUGGGAUGAAGGGGGCGCUCAUGGAGGGGGGCGAGGAGGCGACCGAGGUGGCUGAUGGGGUCGGUCUGUGGUAUGGCCGGAGCAAGGCGUACGAGCCGCGCACGCCGCUGAUGGUGGCGGCGACGUACGGCAGCGCUGGGGUGGUCUCGCUGCUGGUCGGCCUCGGCUGCGUCGACGUCAACCGCCGCCCCGGGGUCGACGGCGCCACCGCGCUCCACUGCGCCGCCUCUGGCGGCUCACGCAACGCCGUUGCUGUUGUCAAGCUACUUCUGGCCGCUGGCGCCGAUCCAGCUACCCCUGACUGCGCCGGCCGCUUCCCCGCUGACGUCAUCCUAGCUCCUCCGGCUUCACCUGAUGCCCUGGGAGAUCUUGAGGUGCUCCUCGGCCGUCGCCGGCCACUCGCCGUCGCGACCUCGGUAGCUUCAGGUUCGUCAUCCCCUCCGCUCUCGUCCUCACCAGACGAGGGCAACAGGUCGCCGUCGUCGCGUUCGUCGUCGCUGUCUCCCAUCACCGUGGACCGCGGCAAGAAGGAGUACCCGGUGGAUCCAACUCUGCCGGACAUCAAGAGCAGCGUGUAUGCUUCGGAUGAGUUCCGCAUGUUUGCGUUCAAGGUCCGGCCAUGCUCCCGUGCCUACUCGCAUGACUGGACCGAGUGCCCAUUUGUGCACCCCGGCGAGAACGCCCGGCGCCGAGAUCCUCGCAAGCACCCAUACACCGCGGUGCCUUGCCCCAACUUCCGCCGGCCUGGUGGCUGCCCUAGCGGUGAUAGCUGCGAGUUCUCUCACGGGGUGUUUGAGAGCUGGCUACACCCAUCGCAGUAUCGCACCAGGCUCUGCAAGGAGGGAGCGGCUUGUGCCCGGCGCAUUUGCUUCUUUGCCCAUGAUGAGGAUGAGCUCCGCCAUGUGCCUCACAACGGUGGCACUGGUCUGCUGUCUCCCCGUGCUUCUUCAUCCAUUGAUAUGACUGCUGCAGCUGCGCUUGGGCUUCUUCCAGGUUCUCCUACUAGACACUUUGCACCGCCACCUGUGUCACCUUCUGCUGGGAGCAAUGGUGGAGCAGCUGCUCCUCAUUGGCUCCAAGGCAGUAGACUGCGUUCUUCUUUCAAUGCAAGGGAUGCUGCUGUUGAUGACCUUGGAAUGCUCCUAGAAUGGGAAUCACAGUACCUUGGGGCACUCUGCCUUCCACCCAGUAGCCGCCCCCAACCGCGCCUUUCAACUGGUCUGAGCAUCAGGCCAACAAUUGCUCCAUCCAAUCUUGAAGACAUGUAUGCUUCAGACAUAGCUAUGUCGCCAAGGUUCCCUAAUGAUCAAGGUCACUCAGUCUACUCACCAGCCCACAAAUCAGCCCUCCUCAACAAGCUUCAUCAACAGAAGGGCCUCUUAUCUCCUGUUAACACCAACAGAAUGUACUCCCCAAGGGCUAUUGAUCCGUCAUCUCUUGUACAUUCUCCAUUUGGUGGCAUGUCUCCCCGGUCCCCCCGUACCAUGGAACCUACAUCUCCCCUAAGUGCUCGUGUUGGAGCCACUGCCACACAGCGUGAUAUGUUUGAGCAAUUUCCUUCCUUGAAUAAGCAUCAGCUGCCUUCUGUUGGUUCACCACGGAAUUCCUCUACUUCUUGGGGCACUGUGGGUUCUCCGAUGGGUAAGGUUGACUGGGGUGUCGAUAGUGAGGAGCUAGUCCGCUUGAGACGUCCUGCACAACCAGGGCUUGGAGAAGAGGAUUCAGAUAUCUCGUGGAUGCAGCCACUGGUGAGCCCUGCUGAUCUUAACGGCAAGAGGGGUGAAAUACAAGGCAUGCCUGGUGCUUCUGCAUUGAUGAAUAGGCCUGAACUGAACAACCAGGGUGACUUGUUGGACCAGACAGUGAUCGGUGCUUGGCUUGAGCAAAUGCACUUGGAUCAGAAGUGAUUACCAAAGGAAGCCAUGAAUUCCCAACGUGGAUGAAGCCUUUUAUUUUGCCAAGGUUAUUUACCAAAGAAUAGUUGGUGGUCCUAGUAAAUAAUAAUUUAUUCUUUUUAAUUCUUGAAAUUUUUGGUGACGAAGUCAGAAGAUGGUGUUGUUCAAGUUAAACAAAGCAUUUGGUCACAUAUUGGUAGCUGAAAUCAGUUCCAGGGAUUGGUAAACAACCUCAUUACUUGGGGUCCUAACUAGUAUUCUUUUCAUUAGCUCAGAUGAGUCUUUAUUUUAGUGGUCGAAAAUUGAUAUGUUCCCCAUGGUUAUUAUGUUCAUGAUCUCUUCCUAACAAAAGAGAGAUUAUAUUUGUCCAUUUUUCAUUUAUCAAUGAAUGAUUUUGUCAAAACAAUGUAAGUUUCAUUCUUAUUUUACCUCU